AUGGAUUAUGAAUUUAGUUAUAAUUUUGCACACUUUAACCGGGGAAAGCCAAGAUCCGGGAGACCAGGUCCACCUCCUGGGGGUCAUAGGGGUAGAAAACAUCAUGGAAAUGGUCCGGGUGGAAAGUCUCCGUUUGGAAAAGGACCACACGGGGGACCAAGACCACCUUUUGGAUCUGGAAAUUCCAAUUUAUUAACAUUUGAGGUGACAAGGCCGUUGGAUAAGCUUUUCUACCUUGGUGGAGCCUCUGCAGCUAAAAGCGAAACAGGAGAAAUGGACACUCAGUACAUUCUGUCACAGGCAGAGUCGUACGAUGUGUUUGAUGAAAGAUGGGCAGCAGAGCAAAUAUGCUCCUGGGGGAAAAAGAAUGGUGGCAUAGACGGAUAUAUCCGUCUCGAGAUUGGCUUUGAGGUCGUGAUUUGUGAUUUCUAUGAGAAACUGCGGCUUAUUUCGAAUGUUACGCUAUCGAAUGUGACUGAACUUCUCGAGUUUCCACCUGAGAAGUUUGACAAAAGAUCGUUGGAAUCGCCAGACGAGGAUGAGUUGAACAGGAAAAGAUCGUCGAUAAUAGACGGAUUCCAGGCCAUGUCCGGAUACGAACAGUACGAAUCUGGUGAACGUGUUUAUUCUGGUGACGAUAGAAUUUUGUUGGACUUCAGCAAGCUUGUGACCCCACUUAAUCGCACUUAUAUCAACCCGGAUCCAUACAAAAGACGAAUUUAUAACAUAUCGACUGAUGUCAAAGGUCAGCUUUUAACAGAACUUGAUGCGGUUUUAUCCACACCGAAUGAUCCAUACAGUUCUACCAAUUGGCAGGUCGUGACCACUAACAUUGAGAAGAAGUUUGGCCCGAUCUUGGCCAACUUAAACACCAGCUUUGCCCUCUACAACGCGCACAAGACUUUGGGAGUCUUGGGAGCAAACAUAACAACGUAUACGUUCAAUUUUUAUAGGAGAUACGUGAACUACCCGGAGCAUAAUCUUUCGGCCGAGGCAAGAAAAAUGGCUAUUUGGGACUAUAUUCAUCCUUACCUGCCUUUAAAAUCCAGGAGCGAUCUUCUCAUAUUGAGUUCUCUUGCAAAAGUUCAGGAGUCUUUAGUUGAUGCUAUGAUUGAGUCGUUUGAGCUUGGCCGUGACUUGAUGUCAGUUUAUACGAUUCCAAACAUGCCUAAGGAGAAGAGAAAUGCCUUGGAAAAACAAGCUUUAUCCUUGCAGACGAAGAUUAAGAGCCUCCUUGACACAUUGAACUGGCCUCUUUUCUAUAGAUGCAGACAGAAUUGCAAGAUUGGAGAAAUGUGCUUUAUUCCAACAUGGGGUCCAUCUCCUCUAGGAUGGGGGAAUGCAGCUCUAGGAUUUCAAAAUGACCAGGACGGACGUAGGAGAAUAAGCCAUGAUUGUCAAUGCAUCAGUUACAGAACUCUUUUAGAGGCAUCCGAACACAAAGGGGAGAGUAAUCGGCCAAAGUUCUAG